CAGGCGCCUUUGCUCCUGCCAUGGCAGCCUGGUAUGCCAGAGGGGACGAGGGGUGACAAAGCCUUGGCCUCACUCUCUCCUCCCCUCUCCCUGCCAGGUUUGCACAUCUUCGCCAUCGCCUUCGCCUUGGAGGUGUCGGUGGGGAAAACCAACACGGUGACAGCUCUGAAUAACUCCAAUGUCCUGCUGCCCUGCACCUUCACCACCUGCAUAGGCUUCCAGGACCUGGUCUUCACAUGGUAUUUCAACUCGACAGAGCUGAUUUACCACGGCAAGAUCAAGAACAAAGGCACGGAGCCCACCCGCAUCUGGCACAACCCGCGGGUGGAGUUUGUGGGCUCCACCACCAAGAAGGACAACAACAUCUCCAUCGUGCUGAACAGCGUGGAGUUCAGCGAUGCCGGCAAGUACACCUGCCACGUCAAGAACCCCAAGGAGAAGAACGCCCAGCACAACGCUACCAUCAUCCUCACCGUGGUCCAUAAGAUGGUGGAGACAGACAACACCCUGACGCUCAUCAUCGUGGGCGUGGUGGGGGGGCUCAUCGGCCUCCUCAUCCUCUUCAUGCUCAUCAAGAGGGUGGUCCUGUUCAUCAUCAAGAAGACACAGGAUGGGAAGAAAGAGUGUCUGGUGAGCUCGUCAGGGAACGACAACACCGAGAACGGCCUGGCCGGCUCCAAGGCGGAACAAAAAGCACCACCAAAGGCAUGAACGAAGCAGCGGCGCCCCGCGCCCGCCUCGCCCCGCCGCGGGAGCCGGGGCACGGGACGAGCCUUCUUCCCCUUUUGUUUUCUUUCCGAACUGCCAGCGCUUGAGACAUGUUUCUAUUACACACGUGCCUGCAACCUGCACUGCUUCUCGGACAAGGCUGCGGCUGCCGGGGGGACUGGGAGCUUCUCGCGGACUCGGGCUGGGAGGCUGCUGGGGCAGGCAGGGCAGGGCCGGGGGU